AUGGCUUCACUCAAAAUUAUUUUCUUAUUUUCGACUGUCGUGUUUUUGCUGUGUGUUCUUUCUAAAGCAAGAGAGUUCGUAGUAGGCAGUGAAAAUAAUUUAUGGGCAGUUCCAUCUUUUGUUGACGAGUUCAACAAAUGGGGUGAGAAAACUCGUUUUCAAAUUGGGGAUUCUUUAGUUCUGAAGCAUGAUUCCAAGACUGAUUCAGUGCUGGAAGUGACCCAAGAAGACUACAAAAUCUGCCCAUUUUUCUUUACCAGUGGAGAUGAAGAACAUUGCAAGAAGGGUCAAAAGCUAGAGGUUAUGGUUCUGUCCGAUAAACAUGGCUCCGGCCACCGAUCUACAGCGCAAGCACCUUCUCCUCAUCAUCACCAUCACCAUUACCAUGCACCAGCGCUAGCCCCGACUAACGGUGGUACUGGCCGAAGGCGGCGGAGGGGUUUAUUAGUAGCACUGCGACAGUGGGGUGUAGACUAG